UGGCCUUUUUUGGGCGUCUCCCUGCUCCGCGGCCCGGGCUGGCGGGCGGGCGCUCGGCUGGCGGCUGCGGCGGCAGAGGGAGACCCGCGGCAACCCCGGCAACCCCGGGCUCGGCGUCGCUGCCACCAUGACGGGAAGCAAUAUGUCGGAUGCCUUGGCCAAUGCCGUGUGCCAGCGCUGCCAGGCCCGCUUCGCCCCCGCCGAGCGCAUCGUCAACAGCAAUGGGGAGCUGUACCAUGAGCACUGCUUCGUGUGUGCCCAGUGCUUCCGGCCCUUCCCCGAGGGGCUCUUCUAUGAGUUUGAAGGCCGGAAGUACUGCGAACACGACUUCCAAAUGCUGUUUGCUCCGUGCUGCGGAUCCUGCGGUGAGUUCAUCAUUGGCCGCGUCAUCAAGGCCAUGAACAACAACUGGCACCCGGGCUGCUUCCGCUGCGAGCUGUGUGAUGUGGAGCUGGCUGACCUGGGCUUUGUGAAGAAUGCCGGCAGGCAUCUCUGCCGGCCUUGCCACAACCGUGAGAAGGCCAAGGGCCUGGGCAGGUACAUCUGCCAGCGGUGCCACCUGGUCAUCGACGAGCAGCCCCUCAUGUUCAGGAGCGACGCCUACCACCCUGACCACUUCAACUGCACCCACUGUGGGAAGGAGCUGACGGCUGAGGCCCGCGAGCUGAAGGGUGAGCUCUACUGCCUGCCCUGCCAUGACAAGAUGGGCGUCCCUAUCUGCGGGGCCUGCCGCCGGCCCAUUGAGGGCCGAGUGGUCAACGCGCUGGGCAAGCAGUGGCACGUGGAGCACUUUGUCUGCGCCAAGUGUGAGAAGCCAUUCCUGGGGCACCGGCACUAUGAGAAGAAGGGCCUGGCCUACUGCGAGACUCACUACAACCAGCUCUUCGGGGACGUCUGCUACAACUGCAGCCAUGUGAUUGAAGGCGAUGUGGUGUCGGCCCUCAACAAGGCCUGGUGUGUGAGCUGCUUCUCCUGCUCCACCUGCAACAGCAAGCUCACCCUGAAGAACAAGUUUGUGGAGUUUGACAUGAAGCCCGUGUGUAAGAGGUGCUACGAGAAGUUCCCGCUGGAGCUGAAGAAGCGGCUGAAGAAGCUGUCAGAGCUGACCUCCCGCAAGCCCAGCCCAAGGCCGCGGACCUCAACUCUGCCUGAAGGCCCUCCUGCACAGCACCUCUUGGCCCCUCCGCCUUCUCCCCUCCCGCUGUCCAUGCUUGGCCCCCUCAUCCCCGUCCACCUGCACCCUCCGCAUCUUACCCUCCCCUUCUCUUUCCUCAUUGCCUCCUCCCUUCCUGUUCCCUCAUCUCUGCCUUCCCCAUGUCUCUCUUCUCCUUGGCUGUGGCUUCUGCCUGUGAGGAGGCAGGAGCUGGGGAGUGGGAGCCCUUAAGCAAUUUUAUAAGGCUUUCAAUUUUGCAUCAUGAACAUGCUUUCCAGAAAUGAGCCAAAGAAUAGGCCAGCCCCAUAAGAGUAAUAUAAUGGGCUUUGGGGACUUGGCCGGGGGAAGGUUGGGAGUGGGGUGAGGGAUAAUAGACUCCAUAUUGGGUACAGUGUACACCGCUUGGGUAAUGAGUGCACUAAAAUUUUAGCAAUCACCACUGCAGAACUUCACCAAAACCACCUGUACCCCAAAACCAAUUUUUUUUAAUUUUUAUUUUUUUAAAAAAGAAUAGCCAGCCAUGGCAUAUGAUAAUACUUAUCAUCAACCCUUUCACAUCUCUGGCGGUUAUAAACAUUUUAAUAUUUACAAAUCUCGGAAGUGAAAAUGGCGUAUUAGUGUUUAAUCUGCAUUUCUUUGAUUACUGUUGGUGUUGGACAUGUUUAUUAGCUUUUUUUUUUUUGAGACAGAGUCUCGCUCUGUCACCCAGGCUGGAGUGCAGUGGCGUGAUUUCGGCUCACUGCAAGCUCUGCCUCCCAGGUUCAUGCCAUUCUCCUGCCUCAGCCUCCCAAGUAGCUGGGACUACAGGCACCCGCCACCACACCCAGCUACUUUUUUGUAUUUUUAUACAAAAGACACUAACGAAGAUUUCAUUCCACUGUGUUAGCCAGGAUGGUCUCAAUCUCCUGACCUCAUGAUCCACCCACCUCGGCCUCCCAAAGUGCUGGGAUUACAGGCAUGAGCCACCGCACCCCGCCAUUUAUUAGCUUUUUGUCUUCUUUUAUGGAAGUCUCCUUGUAUCUUUUACCUAUUUUUUUAAUAAGCUAUAUUUCAAUUGCUUAGUAAAAUGUCAUGUUAUGUAGGAAAUACAUUAUAAGAUUUUUCUCCAGUUGUUUUUAAUCUCCUCUAUUUUGAUAUGUGUAUGUACACAUGGACAGAUUUAUAUUGUCAGUUCUCUUUUUCCUGUGUGGUUUCAUUCAAUGCUUUCUUUUUUCUUAAAUUUUUUCAAACCAAGAUUAGGUUAUGUUUGCCUACUUUUUAUUUUAGCAGCUUUAAAAAUUUCUGGAGUGGUUUCAUAUUGUUUUUACAUCUAUCUGUUUAAUGUACAACAACUUAUUCCAGUGCGUGGUAUGAGUUAAGUCUCCAAUUAGACUUCUUUCCUGAAUUAAAUAGAUGACUUUCCACGUACUCUUUGGUAAGAAAGCCUAUCCCUUACAUGGCUUUAGGAUGCUUCGCUAUGAAAUGUUAAAUCAUGUUUCUAUUUUAAGAUCAUUGUGCUCAGCGGUUUAUCUGUGAAUUCUAGAGUCUGUGCAGCUUUCUAUGAACACUUUGUUUCAUACAUAGCAUUUCACAGGGAGCGUCCACAACUCUGCUUCCUUUUUUCCCCCUAAUCUCAACUGUUCCUUUCUCCAGACAAACUUUGAAAUUAUUUUGUCAAAUUGCAAAGAAAAUCCUUUUGGGAUUGGAAUUAGAUAUUUUUAACCCUUAUAUUCAAUUGAAAAAACCAUAUUUCUGUAAACUAGUAGAUAGAUUUAAAAAUUGGUUAAAAAUCAUUACAUACUGCUGUGCAUUUAUAAAGUGCAUGUAUUUUUUUAAGUAGAGGUUUCACAAAUGUAAGGAUUAUUCCUAACAUUCUGUUUUCCUAAUGAUGGUGUAAAUAUAAUUAUUUGGUUUUAUUUCUAAUUAUUUCUGGUAUUUAGGAAACUAUUGAUUUUUAAAAUAUUUAUCUUCAAAUUUUUUUCUGUCUAAGCAGAUGCUCACAUGAGUAGCAAGAUGCUAGUUUCACCAGAGGACAGACAAACAUACUCAGUUUCAUGAGUAGAGUGGGCCAGGGAUGGCAGAUCUGCUGUUGGGAAGCUGUGCACACCCAGUGAGACUUCUCCCUUCACGGACCUUGGCUUACAGGAAGAGGGAGGAGACAUAUGCAGGAGUUAGUGGUAGAGCCAAAUCUUCAUUAGUGCCUUUCAGUAAAAGCAAGAUGUGGCUGGUCUCCUUGGCUUUGAGCCAUGAAAACAGAAAAAAAUCUGUUUGAUACUCUUAUUACAUAGCAUCACAGACAGACACAAGCAUGAACAUAUACACAUUAUUUCAUAAUAAAAUUUUCUCCAUAGUUCUAAUAGCACACACACACACACAUUAGUCCACUAGAUACUAGAUUGAGAGGUUUCCUCCUGCCACUGUUAUCUAGUUUUCUGAAUAUUAUGUAAAUAUAAUCAUGACCAACACUGGACUGGAUUUCGUCAACUCCUCCUUCCUCCCUCACCUUCCACCGUUAAUCCGUCAACAAGUCCCACUGACUCUUCUUCCAAACAUACCCUGACCUCUCGCUUUCUCUCUCACACCCCUACCAUCCAUUCCCACACAACAGGCAGGAGGAUCUUGUAAAAUAUAAAUCAGAUCUUGUGAGUCAUCACUGAAAACCUUCCGAUGACUUCCCAUUGGCCUUAGAAAAAGAUCAGACUCACUGUGGACGCUCCAGCACGUGAGGUCUUGCCCUCCCUGGUCUCUUUUGCCUCAUCUGGAUCCACUCUCUUUGAAGGUCUCAGCCACCAAGCUCCAUCUACUUGGCCUGUACAGUUCCUCAAACAAGAUGAACUCCUUGCAGCCUCAGCCUUUGCUUCAACUAUUCCCUCUACCUAGAAAUGUGACCCAUUGGAACUUCUCCUGACCAGUUUCUUCCCGAUGUUAGAACCUCAAAUUAAAAGGCACCUCCUCAAAGAGGCCUUCCCUGACUAUUCUCAUCAUAAGGAACUAUUUAUUCACUCCAUUCCAUCCACCCAUUCUCUGGGUAGUUCUUGUCACUUUCUGGUUUUUUAAAUUGUCUGUGUGUUGUCUGUCUACCCCUCAGCAGAAUGCAGGCUCCGUGAAGGGAAGACUUUGUCCUUGACUGUAUCCCCAGUGCCUAGAAGAACAUUUUGCAUGUAGGAGGGCCUCAGUAAUAAUGCUCAAUAAAUGAAUGGGUUCCUGAUCAUUUGGAGCCAGUGAUACUAUACUUCUUUAGCCUGAAAACUACAAUCCUCAGAUCUUUUUCUCUCUUUUGCAGACUUCAUGAACUGUUAACAAUGGCCCCAUUACCUGUCCUAUUCCACUCUUGGAUGCUGCCACAAUUUGUAUUAUCUGACACUGAUUCAGGGAAAGAGGUGCUGUUGAAGAGGAGUGGGGUGAAAACUGAGGAUAAAGGGGUGGCUUCAGCUGCCACAAAUACAACUCUCAGUAAAGGAGAUAACUGCUGGCUUUCUGAUGGAUGAGCCAGACUUUUGGCAGAAGUGGGUGGCAACAUUUUUCUACCUUACUCCUGCUUGCCCUGGAACCUCUUAAAGCCUGGAAUUGGAAUGGUCAUGACCUUGUUGAUGACUUUUGAUGGCCAGUGACUGAUAAUUCUUGCACAGGUUGGCAAACUGCUGAUGGGCAUUUCUUGUUCCCAGUGCCAAAAAAUAACUUUAUGUAUUGUGACUUUAUAACUUUUUUGUGCUUAAAUGGAAGUAUGACCAUGAAGUUUGGGUAGAGAUAAGGUUUCAUCAUAGCCUAAAAGCCCACAGGCAUUGCUGGCAAUACAACAAAGGUGAAACUGAAGUAGUUUUAUUCUCAGCUCAUAGCAUUCAACGUCAGUUUUAGAGAAAUGUGUUUUAACAUAUUCCUCAGUCUUUUCUUCACUUAGUCAACAUGACUUCUAUAAGUAAUGCACAAAUAGCAUGUACCCAGUAAAUAAAAUCAUAGUUGAAAA